AUGACCGAGUUCCAGUUUGUUUUGAUUUCGAUAUCGCUGGUGUGGAUGUUCUACAGAUUUCGAAGUUUACGUAACUCCUCCAAUUUCUUGGUGCUUAACCUAUCGAUUGCGGACCUGAUGAUGGCGAUUGGAAAUUUGCCAGCAUUUGCCGUGGCUAGCUUUAAUAUGAGAUGGGUGUUCAGCAACAUAGGUUGCCAGUUAUAUGGAUUCAUUGGAAGUCUGGCCAGCCUAGCUUCUAUCACAACUCUGACCCUGAUUGCCAUUGAAAGGAGCAUCGUUAUUGUACAUCAAUUACCUUGGUACAAGAAAACAUCAGUGAGAACAGUGCUGCUUUUCGUGGUAUUUUCCUGGCUUUAUUCUGCCUUCUGGUCAAUAGCCCCGUUACUUGGAUGGGGUCGAUAUAUCUUGGAGGGUUCUCAAGCAUCAUGUACUUUUGACUUUAUCUCUCAACAGACCCGAUACCGCUCAUUCUCGAUUUCGCUCAUGACCGGAUGUUUUUUCAUUCCUCUUGUGAUCAUAUUUGUGUGUUAUAUCAGUAUAUUUCUAAAAGUGGCCUUGCAUGAACGGGAGAUUGACCAACUUACAAUGACGCACAACUCUAAACUAUAUUUUCCAAAUAUAUCCAGAGAGAGACGCAAACAAAAGCGCGAAUUUAAGACAGCAAAAAUAGCCUUCGGAAUAAUUUUGGUGUUUUGUUUCUCAUGGCUGCCUUACGCAGUAUUUGCUAUGAUCGGGAGUUUCGGUGGCGAUUUACAGCUUGUUACACCUUUAGCGGUUUCCGUUAUCGGUCUUUGUGCGAAAAUUGCCACCGCAGUGAAUCCUAUAUUGUAUGCAUUAAUACAUCCAAAGUACAGAGGGAAAGUUAGUAAAGACAUGAAAAUGGGCAUGUCAUAUGUCUUCAAAAACGCAAACAGUCAGCAUUCCAGAAUUACACAUUCUAUUACUAAUGAUUCCAAUGAAGAACUGCAACUUGCCAAAUUUAGUAGGAAAGAAAGCAUGACGUCUUUACCAGAGAACCUGAUUCUUGUGCAAAACACAAUAAAUAUGUUAUAG